AUGGGAAAAUCACACAAGACCGGUGGUAAUCACCACUCCAAGAAGCCUGUCAGUGCAAAAAAGAAGGACAAGGAGAAGUCCAACAAAGAGAAGAAGGUGGUCAAGGGCAGUGGUGGUGGUAACAACAACAACAAGACACAAAAGUCGCCCAAGUCGGCCACUGCCAAGAAGAAGGGCACCGGCGAUGGCAAAUCGGACAAAAGCAAGAAGCAGCAGGGCAACGAUAAGAAGCACAGUGCCAAGCCAAAAAGUGGCAAGGAAAAGAGCGGCAAGGAGAAGACCACCAAGCACAGCAAACCUCAGAAGAAGGAGGAACCGGUGGAGAGUGGCACUUCAACCGCCGAGGAGGUUGAUGAGGUGGAGGUGCCAGCAAAGCAAAAAGUGGUCAAGGCUGGUGCUCCAAAGAAAACCAUUGACCCAGAGACCAGUGAGCCCGUUGACUGCAGCUGUGAGACAAAGCAGUCCAGUGGUGGUGGAGGUGGUGGACAGCAGUCAUCGGCGGGGACAACGUCCACUGCCACCGGCGCCUCUUCAGCUGCCGAUGAGCAGGCGACGAUUAAGGAGGCGACGAUGAGCAGCGCCGCUGAGGAGACCAGCGACGACGCAGACUCGCCAAAAGCUGCCGAUAAGAAGAAGAAUCACAAGUCAAAGCAGCCAAAAGAAAAGGAAAAAGAAAAAAAGCCAAAAAGCAAGAACUCCUCGCCCAAGUUGGAGUUCACCAAACCGACCAUCAAUCAGAUGGUGCGCGAGGAGGAGCGCCAGAAGCACCCGAAGCCGCCACUGGUGGACACGCCAGACAUCUCGCGCUACGACUUUGAGGCUUUCAAUGAUGAGGUGGAGGAGAUGAACUCCGGGCUGAUGAUGCUGCGCAGCUCCUACGGCAGCAUCAUCACCUCGCUAGUGGCGAUGUACACAAAGCGAGGCAAACGAGGGCAGAAGGCACAGCUGCCGCCCACCGUCGACGGCAAGGCGAACCUCCUCACGCCGAUCAACGCCGCCGCCGGCGCCGACGGCCUUCAGGAGGAGGCGUCCAUCCUCAAUGACGCCGACAAGUACAACAUCGACAACUUCAUCAACCCGGCCACCCGACAGGCGUCCUUCGACGCGCUCUUCGCCGAGGUGGAGCUGCUCAAUCGAAAGACGGAGAAGUUCCGCACCGCCUUCUUCGACAAGAAGGGCUACUUUCUCCUGGAGAAGUACGAGGCGCAGAAGGAGAUGAAGCUCUCGCGCAAGAAACUCAAUCACUUUUGGCUUUGG